AUGAACUUACCAGUUUGGAACAAAGUUACUCUCCUAAAAUGUCUUUGGAAUAUCUGCAAGAAGAGUGAUAAUUUGUGGAUUCAAUGGGUUCACAAAGUGUAUCUGAAAGGCAGGGAUGUGAUGAGUGUGGAUAUUGGGAGUAACUGGACCUGGAUCAUUAAGAAAAUAGUAAAGUGUAGGAUGCUUGUAGAUGCUAUCAGACAACUAUGGAACCAUAUGAGUACUGCUGGCAAGUUCUCUAUGAGGAAAGUGUAUAAUUGCUUGAUGGAAGAUAUUAGUGUACCAUGGUAUUCCUUGUUGAUGCAUAAUCUGGCCCGGCCUAGAGCUUGCAUCACAGUAUGGAUGCUAUGUCAUAAUCAUCUCCCUACUAAAGACAGAUUAUAUCGGUUUGGAAUUAUUGGGAACACUGUGUGUAGUUUGUGUGGUAUGGAGGAAGAUAGUGCAAAUCACUUAUUUUUCUCUUGUCCUAAAACAGCUGAAAUAUGGCAUGAAAUUCUGAAUUGGUUAGGUGUUUGCCAUAUUCCUCAGGACUGGAACCAUGAGUUGCAGUGGAUUUUGGCAAGUACAAAAGGAAAAGGGUGGAGAGCAAGGAUCCUGAAGCUGGCAGUAAUUGAAACAAUUCAUGAAACUUGGUUGUUUAGGAACUCUAUAGUUUUUAACAAUGACAUGUAUAGGAACAAUACAAAGGAAAGAAUUAUUGAUAGCAUUGUAUAUAGAGGGUGGAGAAAUAGGAAAAUUAGAUUGCAUAUUGCAAAUCUAAUGGUAUAG